AUGGCGGUCCAUGCCUUGUCGUGGGACACCCUUAUUGCUAAACUUCAGAACCACUAUGCUCCUACACUUUCCCACAUUGCCCAGCACUACGCUUUCUGGCAAUGCAUCCAAAAAGACACUGAAACCAUCAGCCAGUUCCUCGCGUCCCUCAGAACGGCAGCCACCCAGUGCAAAUUUCCCUAUGACUCCCUGCUUGAGCAGUUUGUGUGCGGGGUGCAAGCUAUCCGCAUCAAGCAGAGACUGCUGGCCUGCUCUGACAUCAACUUGCAAAUGGCCAUGGAUGAAGCUAGAGCCGCAGAGCUUUCCGACAGGUCCAUGGCCGAAAUACAAAAAUGCCAGCAGUAUAUCUCGCCAAUCACAAGAAUCUUCCUAAUCGAUGAAUUGGCCCCUCUAGAUGACCUUGAGGAAGAUCAAGUCAACCGCCUCAAGACACAGCCAAGUGGACCCUCACAAGCUAGAGGAAGCGUCAUUGGACAUAUUAAUGAUGUUGAGUUUGGAAUUGCUGUCCUGAAUGCUACUGUAAUAGAUGGUCCAGAUGAGGAUAUUACAAGUGUAGAAGCCAAAAUUACAAAUAUCCCUUGGAAUCUCGGUCCUGUAAUGAGAGUGCUGGUUUCUAUUCUGAGUCCUAUUUAUUGGAUAACCGCCAAGGAAAUUGGAGAAGCUGUGAAUGGCUUUUCGCUCACGAGUGCAGUUUUCAAGCGGGAAACACAAGUAGAAUUUGCUACUGGGGAGCUAGUACGGAUGACUCAUGUUGCCCGUGGUUUGGAUUCAGAUGGUUAUUUACUCUUGGAUGUUGUCAUCAGUGGCCACAUACUACCGCUACAAUCAACAGCUGAUGUUAAUGUAAAAGAUUAUACAGAAGACUACAUUCAAACAGGCCCUGGUCAGCUUUAUGCUUACUCCACGCGGCUCUUUAGCAUAGAUGGCGUCAGUUUACCAUACACCUGGAACCAUACCAUUACUUACGAUCAGAAUCGUGGGAAAAUGCCUUUCCUGGUUGAAACACUGCAAGCCUCUUCUAUUAAAACAGAAUACAGCCCACACGAAGAAGCUUUGACUUUUAAAAUUGCUGCUUCCAUUACAAAAG